UGCUAUUAAUCUUUGUACUUUAUAAUGUAGGUUUAUGAUAUUAAACGAUAAAGGCUACUUUGUACGCAGGUUCAUCUAGUUUUACAUAUUUGAACAAGGUUUAAAUUUGAAAAGUAUACAUUACAUAGUGUAAUAAUGUUCAGUUAUUUUCCAAUAAAAUUGGAUUUAUUGAAAAAGGAGGUACUAGACUAAAAGGAAACAAACAGAUAUAUAAUUUGUAAAAUUUGGAGAAACAGAUAAAAUAUCCUAAAUAUGAAGACUCAUGGUACAGUUGUUCUUGUCACAGGAGCAUCGGGAUUUCUCGGACAACAUGUUGUAAAGAUGUUACAGACACGUGCAGACCACGUGCAGGAAAUUAGGAUAGUAGAUGUUGUCCCUUUUAUAAAUAAGUUGGAUUAUAGAGAAGAGAAACCCGUGCAAGUCACUGUUGGCAGCAUCGCUGACGCUCAAUGGCUGUAUGAGGUGUGUCGCGGCGUGGACUGUGUAAUGCACCUAGCUAGCUGCAUUGAUAUAUCUCUGUUCCCAAAUAAAGAAAAGUCGUACAAAAUCAACGUAGACGGAACUCGAAAUAUAGUUGAUGCCUGUCGUAAAUGCAAUGUUCCUAGACUAAUAUACUGCAGCAGUAUCGAGGUAGUUAGGGGCAAAGACCACAUAUACAAUGGCACGGAAAAUAACACCUCUCCACCUGAUCACUUCCUUUUCAAGGUGUACGGAUAUACAAAGAAACAAGCAGAGGACUUGGUAAUUCAGGCAAAUUGUCCAAAAUUGUCAACAAUUUGCCUUCGGCCUUCUAGUAUGUAUGGAGAACUUGAACCACGCUUAAUUCAAAAUGUAGCAGGCAGCUGGUUGGGCAGAAAAACAAGAUAUUUUAUGACUGUAAACUGUGGUAACGUUCAGGCUGACCAGUCUUACGUUGGAAACUGUGCUUGGGCUUUCGUUUGUGCUGAUCGGACAUUGCAGAAGUCGAGGUCAAAUUCAGCAGCCGGGAAUGCUUAUUUCAUUCGGGAUGAUACGCCACAUGCAAAUAUUACAGAACUAAUUGUACCAAUUGCUGAAGAAGCAGGAUUUAAACAUGUUCCAUUGCAAAUACCUGUCUGGUUACUCGCGUUUGUAGUAUUUUUGACGUAUCAUAUUUUAAAAAUAGUCUCUGUGGUAUAUCCCGUUAAUCUUCAGAUUGGUACAGACGCCGUUUAUAGUUUAAAAAAGGUAUGCCAUCUCAGCUAUAAUAAAGCCAGACAAUUGUUAGAUUACCAUCCAAUCUACAACUUCCAGGAAACGAAACGUUUUACUGCAGCUUACCUCACGAAAAUAAAAAAUGAAUAUUCAAAUCAAUGUUCUGAAGGAAAGAAUACUUAAACCCAGAAACAAUAUAAUGAAAACUUUUUAAUUUUAACUGAGAUUCUAUCCGGCUUUCAAAGAGUAUGCUGUUAAAUAACAAAAUUAAAAUUCACUAACUACAUGUUAUAACAUUUUGGGAAAAUACAUUAUUAUCAGAUUUCUCAAACAAAUCUGUUAUUUUAUUUUAAGUAAAAUUAAAAUUAAAAUUUAAAAGUAAAAUUUCUUGGUACAGUUCUAUACAGUGAACUUUGAACGAACAUUAGUAUACGCGUUUGUUUAAUUUACAGACCUAUAUUUCAAAGUGUUAUUUAAUGACUUUUUACUAGUAUCUUACGAGAGUAUGUCAGUAUCCAUUGUACACUGAAGGUACUGCCAGUUUGUUUCAAGUUGAGUUGUUACUAUACUGGACUAUGGCUCCGCGGUAUUGUGUUCAAACCUCAGUCAUCCCAUGAAUCUGUCUAAAACAGGGCAGUGCUUUUUUCCCUCGGCGUACAUCGAUUCACAUCAACUUUUAAAUAGCAAUUAAUAGAGAUAUAGGCUUGUUAUCAGCUAUAUAGAGGUGGUGGCUAAAUAUGCUGAGAUUAUUUAAUAAAUUGUUUGCAUUUGACGGUGCAAGAAUUGCAAAAGAGUUUUAGACUAUGAUUAGGAUCAUCUAAUUAAAAUAGUAACUGGUGUUCAGAAAUCAACAAGUUUAUUUGACUGAUAGCUUUUAGAAUUAAUCUCCUUGACAAAUUAAUAUUUCUGAGGCAAAAUGAAGAGUAUUUAGAUUUUAUGCUGAUGAUUGGCUGGAGAAACUUCCAAAACAGUACAUAGCACAGAAAGCCAAAGAAACGUUUGGUGUUUCAGUGGACCAAAUGACAAGCGGACAAACAUACAAUGUAAUAUGUGGACGCAAUGGUCGAGAGGGCUAAGACGCUUUCCUACGGAGGUGAAGGCCCCUGGUUCGAUUCCUGGCUACUCGCAUUGCGGUGUGUCCUUGGGCAAGGCAUUUUAUCACAAUUGCCUCAGUCGACCCAGCUGUAAAUGGGUACCAGCAAAUUGCUGGGGGUAAGGUAUAAUUGGUUUUAACUGUUCUUAAAAUAGGGUCGCUCAAAAGCUCUACAGAGCUUAUGUAUAUUGUUUCACGACGGUCAAUAAAAUUUACGCAGUU